AUGAUCCUUUUGUGUUUACACCCACCAUUUUUGCAAUGGGUUCUGAAAGUGAUUGUGUCUAUGCAGGAGGGUGUAAUGGCUUCAUUAGAUGAAGGGUACGAUGACCCCUUUGUUGGCAUAAGUGAGCCAUUUUCUGGCUUGAAUGAAAUGGAUUUUAAGCUCCAUAACAUUUACAUGGACCACGAACCAGAGGAAGAAUUUGUGACCAUACUUGAUAAAUGUAAGGAUAUCUUCCUAAAUGUUCUAUUAAGUGAUAAAAACCUACGAAAUUCUAGUAUGUCUGAUGAUAUCAACGCACAAGUGUACCAUGCUACUGAUUAG